UGUCAACGUGGGUCCAGACUCCAGCAGAUAUUUACAUUCCGAAAUUCCGGCGGCUACAAACGCAGCGCCCUGAGGCUAAUCGGCAUCUGGGACCCACCCUCCUCUUCCGUAGACUUUUUCUUUUCUCAAAACUCUUUACCGUUCUUCCUUGCACGCCACAACGGAAGUUUUCUAGCUCUCUAAAAGACACACUCUCUCUCUCCCUUUCUCUGAUCCCGAUAUGUCCGAGGUUCUUUUGCGGUUCCAAGUAACUCCCAGAUUCCUGAGGGCCCGGACCCCACGUGAUUUCCUGCAACAACCACUUACGAAUCUCGUAGUUUCGGGCUCCAGAACACUUUCUCUGCCCACAAAACCCCAGGUUUUUCCCGCGAAAAUUGAUGUGGUUGGAGGGGAAUCUUCGUGGAAGCUAAGCGCUUGGACUCGGGAGGGGUCUAUGCAGGAGCUAGAUGACUCGCCCGUGUCCGUGGAGCUCCACCCCAUAUGCAGCGAGAACCAGUUCGAUCGGGUUCUUGCGGAGGCUCAACAGCUCGAGGAGUCGAUCAUCAUUGUUUGGAUAGCAAGCUGGUGCAGAAAAUGUAUAUAUUUGAAACCCAAACUGGAAAAGUUGGCCGCAGAUUUCUACCCAAGGAUUCAUUUCUACCGUGUUGAUGUCAAUACAGUUCCACACUCGCUGGUUUCUCGGGCUGGAGUCACUAAGAUGCCUACUAUACAGCUGUGGAAGGAUAGCAAGAAACAAGCUGAGUUGAUUGGUAGCCACAAAGCAUAUCUAGUUGUCAAUGAAGUCCGACAAAUGAUUGAAAAUGAGGUUGAAGCGGCCAAGAAUAAUCCUAUUCUGGGUCAGUGGCUCUUGGCAUCAUUGAAAUGGCAGUGGAAGAUGAUUUGUGUCCCUUUCUAAGCUUUUGUUUGUGGGCAUCUCUUCAAAACAAGAACCCACAAGGUUGAUAAUGUCAACAGCAAAUUAAUUCUAUCUGAUCAAUUCCAGGACUUGUAAAGCUGCAUUGUUUGGCCAGGGACAUGUAAUUGUGUGGAUGCACUGUGUGAAAGGACAAUAAUCCUCUGUGUUUUCACUUUAUCCAUUUUUAGUAUAAAAAUGCAAAAUGGUUGGGACUCGUAUGAAUCCUGUGUCUCCUCAUGUAUCUGUAUCAUAUCAUUCGUUUCAAAUGAAAUAAAAGAGGAUUUUAAUCCUGCAUGGAAAA